CACUGUUUGAACCUCCCGAAUCGCUUACCUCUACUCAUCUCUAUCUUCACUUCUAUCCGCUAGAUCCAAUCCAGCAACCAUGGCUCGCAAAUUCUUCGUUGGCGGUAACUUCAAGAUGAAUGGGACUCAAAAGUCCAUCACCGAUAUCAUCACCAAUCUUAACAGCGCCAAUCUCGAUCCCAACACCGAAGUCGUCAUCUCCCCCCCUUCCCUCUACCUCAUCCUCUCCCGUAGCCUUGCCGAUCCCAAGAUCGGCGUUGCCUCUCAGAAUGUCUUCGAUAAGCCCAUGGGAGCGUACACUGGUGAGUUGAGCGUGGAACAAUUGCAGGACUGCGGUAUUUCCUGGACAUUGGUUGGACACAGUGAGCGGAGAGUUAUCUUGAAGGAGGAUGACGACUUUGCUGCACGCAAGACCAAGUCUGCUAUUGAUGGCGGAUUGAGCGUUAUUCUCUGCGUCGGAGAGACUCUUGAGGAGCGUGAGGCCGACAAGACUGUCGAUGUUGUGACCAGACAACUAGGCGCAGUUGCUUCCAGACUCAGCGCCCAGGACUGGUCUAAAUUGGUUGUUGCAUACGAGCCCGUCUGGGCCAUUGGAACCGGCAAGGUUGCCACAACCGAGCAGGCCCAAGAGGUCCAUGCUGCAGUCCGCAAGUACAUCGCGGAGAGCGUUUCGCCCAGUGUUGCUGAGAACCUCCGUAUCAUCUAUGGCGGCAGUGUCAAUGAGAAGAAUUGCAAGGAACUUGCUAAACAAGCGGAUGUUGAUGGAUUCCUGGUCGGUGGAGCUAGUUUGAAGCCAGCAUUCGUUGACAUUGUCAAUGCUCGUCUCUAAAUGAGAAAACAAAAGUGACAAACUCAUGACUUUGGAGCAAACCAACCAUCGGAACAUAAAAUAUUCCUGUAACAUACCUGAUUACUUGGAUUAUCUCUGAUAGAAAUAAAUCCAUAUACAUUUUAUGUUUUCAUUUGUUUGUCAGUCAUUGUCUAGAUGUCGUUCAUGUUGAAUAUAACACGGACACACCAACUCCAGUCCACCCAUAUGUGGUUCCGCCAAUCGAAGGCAACGAUGGCCCCAGUCCUACACCAGCGCUGACUAGGAGAUCCUUAACCCUACCCUCCCAAAGCAGUCGGACGUUCAGGGAUUGAUCCACGCGGAGCUUUAUCACCGAAUCGGAUUCCUUCUGUUCUCCUGCUGGAGUAACAGCACUUGCACUUGUCCCUUUCACCGGUGACGGAGGAAGUGGAGGUAACAGUCCCAUCUUCCUCUUCGCCCAGGAGAGAUCAUCUUUGUCGCUUAACGUGCUUGCAUGUCGCUUCUUCUUCCGUCUCCACAACUCGCAUCCAGCAACCAUCUCGCUUUCCCAGCUAUACACGUUAAAUCCGAAUCGUGAGCUAAAUGCCAAAUUCGGCGACGCGAGGAGAGAAUACGUCGUCGACAAGGAGCCAGUUAACGGUGUCAAUGUGAGGGUAAGCGUGUAUGGAAAUGUGGAAAUGGGUGAUUGCGCUGGAUGCGUAGAUGACGAGGAAUGUGUAGACUCCGAUGCUGCUGGCAAGGUAGUAAAGCGUAAGCCUGUUGACAGGCCUACGACGGAAGAAAGAGGAGAAUAAUACAUCUCUCCGCCUGCGGAAAGUAAUGAUACCGAUUGAGAUGCAGUCCUUGGACGCUGUGCGGUCGCCGCAUGUCUGGGGUCGGGCCCGAAGUUCCACAGCCCUUU